AUGAGUGACACUGCAGAAAUCCUAAAAUCAGUCCAGAUAGGUUUAAAUGUCGUCAUAUUUCUUCUGAACACUGAUCGUGGCCUACAAGCGACUGAGUUAUGUAAUGAAUGUGUAAUUCUACUUCAAAACCUGUACUCUGGUAGUCACCUUGAUAUCUCCGAUGUGCUAUUCAAUGCGUACUACGCGAUCUCUGGUUACACAGAGGCGGAAAGACAUACAAACAAAAUUCUUGGCACAUUUAUUCAUGCUGGGAUACUAACUAGAGAACUGGGAGAAAAAUAUGUAGUACAAAGCCGGUUUGUAGAGGCAAAGCAAUUCUAUAAAUGCGCACUCAACAUCUGGAAAACAAUUGGUCACAAAGGAAAAGAAGGAGUGGCUCUUCAAAGACUUGGAAAUGUCUGUAUCAGCCUCAGCGAAUAUCAGAAGGCUAAAGAAUAUCACGAGAAAGCACUUGCCAUCGUAAUAGAAAUUGGCGACAGAAAUGGAGAAGGAAGAACAUACGGGAACCUCGGAGCUGUGUUAAAUUCCCUUGGCGAAUAUGAGAAGGCUAAAGAAUAUUGCAAGAAAGCACUUGCCAUCUUAAUCGAAAUUGGCGACAGAAAAGGAGAAGGAAGAACAUACGGAGACCUCGGAGUGGUGUUUAAGACCCUUGGCGAAUAUCAGAAGGCUAAAGAAUAUAGCGAGAAAGCGCUUGCCAUCGCAACAGAAAUUGGCGACAGAAUUGGAGAAAGAUCAACAUACGGGAACCUCGGAAAUGUGUUAAAUUCCCUUGGCGAGUAUCAGAAGGCUAAAGAGUAUCACGAGAAAGCACUUGCCAUCUCGAUAGACAUUGGCGACAGAAUUGGGAAAGGAGCAACAUACGGAAACCUAGGAGGGGUGUUUGAUUCCCUUGGCGAAUAUCAGAAGGCUAAAGAAUAUCACGAGAAAGCACUUGCCAUCGCGAUAGACAUUGGCGACAGACAUGGAGAAGGAACAACAUACGGGAAUCUCGGUGUUGUGUUUCAAUCCCUUGGCGAAUAUCAAAAGGCUAAAGAAUAUCACGAGAAAGCGCUUGCCAUCGCGAUAGAAAUUGGCCACCGAUAUGGAGAAGGACUAACAUACGAGAACCUCGGAGAUGUGUUAUGUUCCCUCGGUAAAUAUCAGAAGGCUAAAGAACAUUACGAGAAAGCACUUGCUAUCAGUAUAGAAAUUGGCUACAGAUAUGGAGAAGAAGCAAGAUACAGGAGCCUCGGUGUUGUGUUUCAAUCCCUUAGCGAAUAUCAGAAGGCUAAAGAAUAUCACGAGAAAGCACUUGCCAUCUCUAUUGAAAUUGGCGACAGAAAAGGAGAAGGAGCAACAUACGGGAACCUCGGAAUUGUGUUUCAAUCCCUUGGCGAAUAUCAGAAGGCUAAAGAGUAUCACCAGAAAGCACUUGCCAUCUUUAUUGAAAUUGGCGACAGAAAAGGAGAAGGAGCAACAUGCGGAAACCUCGGGGGGGUGUUUGAUUCCCUUGGCAAAUAUCAGAAGGCUAAAGAAUAUCACGAGAAAGCACUUGCCAUCAUGAUAGAAAUUGGCGACAGAAAAGAAGAAGGAACAAUAUACGGGAACCUCGGAAUUGUGUUUCAUUCCUUUAGCGAAUAUCAGAAGGCUAAAGAAUAUCACCAGAAAGCACUUGCCAUCUCUAUUAAAAUUGGCAACAGAAAAGGAGAAGGAUUAGCAUACGGAAACCUAGGAGGGGUGUUUGCUUCCCUUGGCGAAUAUCAGAAGGCUAGAGAACAUCUUGAGAAGGCACUUACCAUCGCGAUAGAAAUUGGCGACAGAAAUAAAGAAGGAAGAACAUGCGGGAACCUCGGAACGGUGUUUGGUUCCCUUGGCGAAUAUCAGAAGGCUAAAGAAUAUUACGAGAAAGCACUUACCAUCGCGAUAGAAAUUGGCAUUAGAGAAGGAGAAGGAACAACAUACGGGAACCUCGGAGCUGUGUUUCAAUCCCUUGGCGAAUAUCAGAAGGCUAAAGAAUAUCACGAGAAAGCACUUGCCAUCGCGAUAGAAAUUGGUGACAGAAGAAGAGAAGGAACAGCAUACGGAAACCUCGGAGUGGUGUUUGCUUCCCUUGGCGAAUAUCAGAAGGCUAAAGAAUAUCAUGAGAAAGCACUUGCCAUCGCGAUAGAAAUUGGCGACAGAAAUAUAGAAGGAACAGUAUACGGAAACCUCGGAACGGUGUUUGAUUGCUUUGGCAAAUAUCAGAAGGCUAAAGAAUAUUACGAGAAAGCACUUGACAUCGCGAUAGAAAUUGGCGACAGAAAUGGGGAAGGUAGAACAUACGGGAACCUCGGAGAGGUGUUUUAUUCCCUAGGCGAAUAUCAGAAGGCUAAAGAAUAUCACGAGAAAGCACUUGCCAUCGCGAUCGAAAUUGGCAACAGAACAGGAGAAGAAACAACAUACAAAAACCUCGGAGAGGUGUUUUAUUCCCUAGGCGAAUAUCAGAAGGCUAAAGAAUAUCAUGAGAAAGCACUUGCCAUCACGAUAGCAAUUGGCCGCAGAGAAGAAGAAGGAAUAAUAUACGGGAACCUCGGAAAAGUGUUUCGUUCUUUUGGCGAAAACCAGAAGGCUAAAGAAUAUCACGAGAGAGCACUUGCCAUUGCGAUAGAAAUUGGCGGUAGACAAGAAGAAGGAGCAGCGUACGGGAACCUCGGACUGGUUUUUCAAUCCCUUGACGAAUAUCAGAAGGCUAAAGAAUAUUACGAGAAAGCACUUGACAUCGCGAUAGAAAUUGGCGACAAAAAUGGAGAAGGAAAAACAUACGGGAACCUCGGAAAUUUGUUCUAUUCCCUUGGCGAAUAUCAGAAGGCUAAAGGAUAUUUCGAGAAAGCACUUGACAUCGCGAUCGAAAUUGGCGACAGAAAAGGAGAAGGUUUUGCACACUCGAGUAUUGGAUGUGUUUACAUUAAGCUUAACAGAAAUCUGCAAGCGAUGGAACAUUUUGAAAAAACAGUCGGCGUCAGUAUUACACUUGGUUACAGAGAACAAGAAGCCAUGGCUAAUGUAGGUUUGGCACAUGUCUUUGCUUCUGUAAAUGACAGUCAGAAGGCAAAAGAACAUUGUGAGAAGGCGCUUUCCAUCAGCAGAGAAUGUGGCAAUAGACGGUUUGAAGCAAUAUUUUACCUAAACGUUGGAAAACUAUUCGAAUUGCUUGGAGAAUGUCGUAAGGCAAGAGAUUAUUUACGGAAAGCUUGUUCAGUAGGCAGCCAAAUUGGAAGCAAAAUGAUUGAGUUUCUUAGCCUUCUCGAAAUUACAAAGUUGAAGAUAUCGCACUACGAGGAUGAGGAGGCAAUGGAAUAUCUUCUUCAAUGUAUUGGAAAAUAUGAACAAAUCAGAACUCUCCAGAGAGGAAACAGUGGAUUUCAAAUCUCUCUGUUAGAGGAAUACGGUACUUUUCCCUACAAGUUACUCACUGACUUGCUUUGCUGUAAUGGAAAGUUUCGAGAUGCUCUCUAUGUGGAGGAGCUGGGACGAGCAAGAGUCCUCUCAGAAUUCAUGGCAGACAAGUACUCCGUGGAAAGCCAUAUCUCAGCCGAUCCACAAUCAUGGUUCGGAAUUGAAAACAUCGUGAAAAGAGAAAGUAACUCUGUUUUUUUGUACAUUUCGUAUACAGAUAGGCAAGUUCUUCUCUGGGUAUUGAAAGCAAAUGGAGACGUAUGCUUUCGAAAAACAGACGAAGUGAAACUAGAGACUCUUAUUGCUGAGCAAGUUUGCGAAGUGGAAGGAGUUUUCAAAAAGAGCGCCGCCUGCUUUGGUGUUUUACCCACAGCGAACUGCGAAGACCGAUCGCUGGAUGACAACGUGACGACAUCUCUUCAUGAAGAGAGCCAAGCAAAUUUGCGAGGUGACAAAACCAAAGAUAUCGGAAGAAGUCAUCAUUUGUGCUACGAAUGGAUCGUUGUACCUGUGGCAGAUUUACUUACAGAGCCCGAAAUCAUCAUUGUACCGGAUCGUUUCGCGUACCGAGUCCCAUUUGCUGCCUUACGUGAUGAACCAGCCGGAAGAUAUUUAUCGGAGAAGUACAGAAUACGCAUCGUUCCUUCAUUGACGACUCUCCGACUCAUUCAGGAAUGUCCAACAGACUAUCACAGUCAAACGGGUGCGCUGGUUGUGGGUGAUCCUACGGUUGGCACAGUGCAUUACAAUGGAUGUCCCAAAGACAUUAUACCAUUGUUCUGUGCAAGUAAGGAAGCAGAGUUGGUGGGUGAACUGCUGGGCGUUCGACCUUUGUUAGGAAGUCGCGCAACAAAGCAGGCGGUUCUUGAAGCAAUAACUUCAGUGAGUCUCAUACAUCUUGCCGCACAUGGAAAUCCCGAGAGAGGAGAGAUUGCUCUCUCUCCUCAACGUACUGUUAACAGUAUUCCACAAGAGGAAGACUACCUCCUGACAAUGUCCGACAUUGAAGGAGUUCAAGUGCGAGCUAAACUGGUAGUACUCAGCUGUUGUCACAGUGGGCGUGGAUUGAUUAAAAAGGAAGGAGUUAUUGGAAUCGCUCGAGCAUUCUUAGCAUCCGGUGCACGUUCAGUGUUGGUAGCAUCGUGGGCUGUAGAAGACAAAGCAACAGAGAGGCUCAUGAAACAUUUCUAUAAACACCUUGUUAGUGGAGAAAGUGCCAGUGAAUCUCUUCACCAGGCCAUACAAUGGUUGAGAAGCAAUGGCUUCCCCAAACCUUGCCAAUGGGCCCCGUUCGUGCUGAUGGGGGAUAACGUGACAUUUGAUUUUAUGCAAAAAGGGUAA